UAAAGGUAUGAUGACAAGUGUUUGACUGAACCAUAACCGUCUUUUCACUUAGCUACUGAUACAUUCAGUGGUUGUUCAACCAGGAACACACUGUGAGGAUAUCUAUAUUGAAAACGAUGCCUAAUCUCCGCCUCAAGUUGCAUUUGCUGCGAUCCAGGUGUUGGACCAAAGAAGAAGAACGUCGUUAAUCUGACAUACUUCUGUUGUGAACAGUUUAUUGUGGUCCCACACGCAGACAAAGAUGCUGAGUCGAUUGAUGAGUGGCAGCAUCAGGAAUUUGGAAAGAGAAUACAACUGUACCGUCAGGCUGCUGGAUGAUUCGGAAUACACCUGCACGAUUCAGCGUGAUGCGAAAGGACAAUACCUUUUUGACCUCAUCUGCCACCACCUCAACCUACUGGAGAAGGACUACUUCGGCAUCCGAUAUGUGGACCCAGACAAACAGAGGCACUGGUUGGAGUUUACAAAGUCAAUUGCCAAACAAAUGAAAUCCCAGCCUCCUUUCACCAUGUGUUUGCGAGUCAAGUUCUACCCACCUGACCCUGCCGCCCUUAAGGAGGAAAUCACUAGAUAUCUCGUCUUCCUGCAGAUCAAGAGGGAUCUGUAUCAUGGACGCCUCCUGUGCAAGACAUCCGAUGCUGCCAUGUUGGCUGCCUACAUACUUCAAGCGGAGAUCGGCGACUAUGACCCGGGGAAGCACCCCGAGGGCUACAGCUCCAAGUUCCAGUUCUUCCCCAAGCAUUCGGAGAAACUGGAGAGAAGGAUCUCGGACAUCCACAAGACAGAACUGAUAGGACAGAGUCCAGAGACCUCAGAGCUGAACUUCCUGCAGAAGGCUCAGAUGUUGGAGACGUUUGGUGUGGACCCUCACCCAUGCAAGGAUGUGUCGGGCAACCCUGCCUUUCUGGCCUUCACUCCCUUUGGCUUUACUGUGCUCCAGGGAAACAGGAGAGUCCAUUUCCUCAAGUGGGACGAGGUGACUAAACUGAAGUUUGAGGCCAAGACAUUCCAUAUAUAUGCAAAUCAGAAAGAGGACAAGAAGAUCAUUCUGACGUACUUCGCCCCCACACCGGAGGCCUGUAAGCACCUGUGGAAGUGUGGGGUGGAACACCAGGCCUUCUAUAAGUUGGAGAAGUCCAGCCAGGUUCGAACUGUCUCCAGCAGUAAUCUGUUUUUCAAGGGAAGUCGUUUUAGAUACAGUGGCAGGGUCGCCAAAGAAGUGAUGGAGCAAAGUGCCAAAAUCAAACGGGAGCCACCUGAAAUUCACAGGGCUGGUCUGGUCCCCAGUAGGAGCUGUCCGUCUAUCACGCAUGGGCCCAGACUGACCAGUGUCCCCAGGACCAGACGGAGAGCUGUGCACAUCUCCAUCAUGGAGGGCCUGGAGUCCCUGAGAGACAGCGCCCACUCCACGCCAGUUCGCUCCGUCUCCCAUGGCGACUCCUUUAUGCCACGCUCCCGCAGCCAGGCGGUGGACAGCAGCGAGGCGGCAGGCUCGUCGGUCAUCUCUGACGAGGCCUACAGCCCCUCGGACAGUGUUCUGCCCACGCCGGUGGGUGAGCACAGCAUGGAACAGGCCGUGUCGCGUCAGCUCAAUGGCGCCCCCUGCAGCAUCGAGGAGGAGAGGGAGUCGGAGGCUGGCACGCCACUGGGCGGUCAGGUGGCCGAGUUUGGCCCUGACGGCAGGGUGCUGCGGCUGGGGAGGACCAGGUCAGCACCCCCUAGCGAUGUGGAGGAGCUCAAUAAGUUCAUCCUGAGUGUGUUACGUCUGUUUUUGGUCACGAUAGGACUGCUGUUCGCCCUGUUGCUUCUCCUCAUCAUGCUAACAGAGUCAGACCUUGACAUUGCCUUCCUGAGGGACAUUCGUAAGACACCUGAAUUCCAGCAAUUCCAUUUUGAGUACUUCUGUCCUCUCCGGAGAUGGUUUGCAUGUCAGUUCCGUUGGAUGGGAGGGUUCCUUGUAACCAAGUGAGAAAGUAAAAAAAAAAAGACAAAACCGUAAAGAGGACAUCAUCAAGGGAAUUGAGAAAGGGGAGGACCGAAGGAAGGAAUGAAGGAUGGAAGGAGGGAGGGAAGAUCUGAUCUAAACAUUAACCUAGUUUCUCCCAUGAUGCACCUCCUUUCACAAGCCAAGGACCUCCCCCUGCGUGGGCUCAGAAGAAGAGCUUCCUGUUCGAACCAUCACAAUGAGGACAUUUCCAAUGCUCAUGUUUUACUUUGGAAUUUCAGGUCAUCACAAGGAACUUUUUUUUUUACACAAAGCCAAGGCAACAGGGUCACAAAGUCUACAUCGACUUGAAGGAGAAACACAUUCAAUCACGGAAAACAGUUGCCUUUAUUUUCUAUUGAUUAAUAUAAUUCAUCAUUGCAUGAGGCAUGUGUUGAGCACUGAGCAGAGAAGAGGACUGGUACAUGUCGAGUUAGAAGAGUUGAGGUGUGAAAGAGAGAGAAAGGUCCUUUUCUAUUUUACCUCCAUAAACUUUCAUGAUAGUCAUUACAUUGCAGAAAACUAACAUAAUUAAUGCUGCUAUUUAUUAGAAUACACACCACCACCAAUGGAUGUACUGUACAGUAAUGGUCUGGAGUCAGAGGUGGAAAGGAUUUUAACAGAAGGAUAAUUUUUGAAUGUAGAAACUGUCACGCAAGAUGGCUUGUUCAAAAAAUAUUUUUCUAAUAAAUGUGACUAAUGGUUUAUGCUCUUUCUAGGUUCCACCAAUUCAACCAUGGUCAUGCAAAUCUGUUCAUGCUGUCACUGCUAAUACUGUCUCGUGAACAAGCGUCAAAUCAUAAUCUAAGCCUUAGUAAAGACAAAUGUAACUGUUGUACUGUAUUUGAAGAUUUUCAAACAUCAGAAAUAAAACAGUUAUUAAUAAUUCAAAUCAAUGUUUGAAGAUGAGCAAUCAGUUUUGAAACAAACUUUUACAAAAUAUAAAUUACCUUAGAUGUAAAAGUGUGGGUUUUGUGACAUAGAAAUGUAGUUGUGGAGAAGCGGAGUGCUUGCUGUUAUUCUUUACAUUGGAUACCAUAGACCUUUUUACUAGAUGUGCAAUACUGUAACACUGGAAACCAAGAUUGGGUAUUUGAUACAAGUUGUUUUUACUUUCCUAAAGUUUACCCUCAAAUAAAGUGUUUAAUAAUGUUAAUUUCCCAUA